GGAGGGAGACGGGGGCACCGGGCGGGACCGCUGAGUGUAGUUGCUCGGUAUGAGAGGAGGAAGGGGGAGGAAAAUUCAGUAAAUUAAAAAAAAAAAAAAGUGAGGGAGGGGUGGAAGGAGAGCGUUUCAACUUCUCCUCUCUGCCCAGCAAGGUCCCCAGUCAUGAUUUUAACAGAUGUGAGGGGAAAGCUGGAUUUCAAGGGCAUCAUGAUUAAAACGUUAGCUGUCACAAGCUUUUGUGUCGAGCUAUGGAAUCUUUUCUGAUGAAGCAGCAGGACAUCUAAACAUACAGCCAGUGUGCAGAGAUAAGAGAACACAUUGGUAAAUCUUGUGUCCAUACUAUCCUUAUGUGUGCCAGGAAAAAUAGCCCCAAACUAUGAAUUCAUGAGGAGAAAAUUAAAAAAAUGGCCUCUUUUGAAAUGGAUUGAUGUCAGACUGGUGUUUCAGGAGUUUUAAAAACCUUUGCAGCAAGACUUCAUGAACUCUUAGCUGCACCCUUUAAUCAUGACUGCAUUUCAGAUAGGCUAAAAGGAAUCUGCAAAGAUCAUGGGGAACUCAUAUGCAGGGCAACUAAAAUCUGCCCGUUUUGAAGAAGCUCUUCAUAACUCCAUAGAAGCUUCUCUGAGAUGUAGCAGCGUUGUCCCACGACCAAUCUUCUCGCAGCUGUACCUGGAUCCUGACCAGCCUCCUUUCUUACCGGAAGGUAACCAUCAAAAUGUGAAGCCAAAGGUAGAAGAGUUGGAUAAAGAGUUAGUACAUCGCUAUUCACAAAAUGGAAGUCUGGACUUUUCUACCAACCAAACUGUUAAUGAAAUGGAAGAUGAAGAGGAGGAUGAAGACAUGUCAGAUUCAAGUAGUCCACCAAUCCCAUAUUCACAAAAACCUGCCCCAGAAGGGUCUUGCACUACUGAUGGUUUUUGUCAAGCAGGCAAGGAUUUACGGUUGGUAUCUCUGUGCAUGGAGCAAAUUGAUAUUCCAGCAGGCUUCCUGUUAGUAGGAGCCAAAUCUCCAAACCUUCCUGAACACAUUCUGGUCUGCGCUGUUGACAAGCGGUUUUUGCCAGAUGAUCACGGAAAAAAUGCACUUUUAGGAUUUUCUGGGAAUUGUAUAGGCUGUGGAGAAAGAGGAUUUCGGUACUUCACAGAGUUUUCCAAUCAUAUCAACCUGAAGUUAACCACUCAGCCAAAGAAGCAGAAGCACUUAAAGUACUACCUAGUAAGAAGCUCCCAAGGUGUACUGUCAAAGGGACCCCUUAUUUGCUGGAAAGCUGCUUCGUUUGCAGAAUGUAGAAGCAGGCAAUCAUCUGCUGCUAGCCUCUCUGCUAAACCAAACGCUGCGGUGUCACCGUCCACGACCCCAGAGGGUGGAUCAGCUAAUGGAUACAAAUCAGGGUUCACUCAGACAGAUUCUUCAGUAUUCAGUCCAGCAAAAUCUUCUUCUGCUGUUAACUUAAGUGGAACUCAAGACCCAUCUCGGAACAAGAACAUUGUGAAACCUCUGGCUCUAUCGGUACAGCUUGUAGGAAAGGCGUUUGCUGCAGGUCCUGUUUCACUGUGUGCCACUGAUGUUGCUAAUGGAAACACUAAUGGAGGAAGAAAUAGUGUAUUGAGUUCUGCGGUCUCUCGGCCAAUGCCUCACUCAACAUCUCCAAGCCCUGGCUGUGCAGCUGGAGACCAAGCAUCAAUGUCCAGUUCUGGACCACCAAAGAAACGUCACCGGGGGUGGUCUCCUGGAUCCCCAGUCCCUCCACCUGGUUUGGUGGUACCUGUUCCUACAGUUCGGCCUUCAGCAAGAACAGAGCCUCUUUUGUCAGUCCCAGUUCCUCAGUCCAUGUUAACUGGAAUUUUACAGCCUCAACCCAUCCCAGCAGGGGAGACUGUAAUAGUCCCUGAAAACCUGCUGAAUAACUCAGGAGUCAGACCAGUGAUUCUGAUAGGUUAUGGCACUUUACCUUAUUUCUAUGGAAAUGUUGGUGAUAUUGUUGUGAGUCCCUUGCUGGUGAACUGCUACAAGAUUCCACAGCUGGAAAACAAGGAUUUGGAUCUCUUGGGUGUGACAAGCAAUCAGCUGUUGAGUGUGGAGAAUAUGAUACUUUUAACUAUUCAGUAUCUUGUCCAACUAGGUCCUGACCAAAUACCCCUGAGGGAAGAAUUUGAGCAGAUCAUGUUGAAAGCGAUGCAGGAGUUCACUCUGAGAGAGCGAUCCUUGCAAAUGAGUGCACAGUGCAUCUCCGUGUCACCAGGUCAACUCCCUUGGCUUGCUCGGUUAAUCACCAGCGUGUCCCGGGACCUCGUGCAUGUGGUUGUUACCCAGAACUCGCUGGCAGAGGGCAUCUCAGAGACCCUGAGGUCUCUUAAUGAAAUGAAACAUCAGCAAAAGCUACCAGAUUAUGUUGUUGCCAUUUGUGCAUCGAAGAUAAGAGGGAAUGAAUUCUGUGUGGUAGUCCUAGGUCAGUAUCAAUCCAGGGCCCUUGCAGAAAGCAUGCUUACCACCAGUGAGUUUUUAAAAGAAAUCAGUUACGAGCUCAUCACAGGGAAAGUUAGUUUCCUGGCAUCACAUUUCAAAAAUACUUCUUUAGGUGAUGAUUUGGACAAGCUGCUGGAGAAAAUGCUACAGCAGCGAGGGGAAAGUGUCAUUAUUCCUUUUAAUGGAGAUGUUAGUGAGUGUGUGUCAUCUCAGGAGGCAAUUGCCAUGGUUUCUACACAAGAACCAGAUUUGGAUGUUGAUACCUUCCAAAUUUACCAGCCACAGCUUACGGUUGCCAGAAAGCUCUUGUCCCAGGUUUGUGCUAUAGCAGACAGUGGCAAUCAGAGCCUGGAUCUGGGCCACUUCAGCAAAGUGGACUUCAUCGUUAUAGUUCCCCGGUCAGAAGUCCUGGUGCAGCAGACCCUUCAAAGGAUUCGACAAUCAGGUGUCCUUGUGGAUUUGGGCCUAGAAGACAAUGGCACAGCAUAUCAGAGAGCCGAGAAAUAUGUGGUUCGGCUGGACAAUGAAAUUCAAACAAAAUUUGAAGUUUUCAUGAGACGAGUGAAGCAGAAUCCCUAUACACUGUUUGUGCUGGUUCAUGACAAUGCCCACGUGGAUUUAACAAGUGCCAUUUCAAGUUCCCUGUCACAUGGUGAGCCUAGUCAUGGUCUGGCUGAUAGAGUUAUUAAUUGCAGGGAGGUCCUUGAAGCAUUCAACCUCCUUGUUCUUCAGGUCAGCUCUUUUCCUUAUGCCUUGCAAACGCAGCAGUCCAGGAUCAGCUCUAGCAAUGAGGUACAUUGGAUACAAUUUGACACUAUGGAUGACACAGCAAAUGAAGACAAGUUGUACUUUGGUUUGAAUGAAUACAGCAAAUCCCUCCAGUGGGGAGUCACAAGUCCCCUUUUGAGAUGUGAUGAAACCUUUGAAAAAAUGGUCAACACGCUUUUAGAAAGGUACCCCCGGCUGCACAGCAUGGUGAUCCGCUGCUACCUCCUCAUUCAGCAGUAUUCCCAAGCUCUGAUGGCUCUCACAACCAUGGCCUCCCUAAGGGAUCACAGCACACCCGAAACACUCAGCAUCAUGGAUGACCUUAUCACUUCUCCAGGAAAGGAUAAGAAUGGCUGUGGCCACAUGCUUGUCAUUAGGGUGCCAUCUGUGCAGCUGGCCAUGCUGGCCAAGGAGAGGUUACAAGAAGUAAGAGACAAGUUAGGUCUGCAGUAUCGUUUUGAAAUCCUCCUUGGGAAUCCUGCCUCAGAGCUUACUGUCGCGAAACACUUUGUGACACGGUUGAAGGCUUGGAGGGGAAACGAGCAGGAUGACUGGAUCCCUCGCACCUAUCAGGAUUUGGAAGGCCUACCUUGCAUUGUUAUUCUAACUGGCAAGGACCCACUAGGAGAAACUUUCCCCAGGUCGUUGAAAUAUUGUGACCUUCGACUAAUUGACUCAAGCUACUUAACUCGGACUGCAUUAGAGCAAGAAGUAGGCCUGGCGUGCUGCUACGUCUCGAAGGAGGCGAUUCGAGGUCCUAUUGUAGCUCUUGACCUUAGCGAGAAGGAGCACGAGAAGGCUAAUGGGAGUGAGAACGACUCCGAUGAGCUGUUGAUAGACUUGGACCGACCCCAGAGCAAUAGCAGCGCUGUCACUGGAACCUCAGGUUCCCUGGCAGACAAUGGUGUGAGCUCCUCGAGUGCUGCAGACAAGUCUCAGAAGCAAGCACCAUCACUGAACUUUCAGACUGUGGCUCACAGCUCAGUUGAUGAGGGAACUUACCCCAGUUUCACAGCCGGAGAGACCCUGAAACAAGAAUGCGACUCCCUGGGUAACCAGAUGGCGAGCAGCACCACUUCAAAACUAUCAUCAUCGCUAUCUUCGGUCUCUCAGACAUUUCGGUGGCCUGCCCAUUCAGCCAAAGACAGCAAGUCCCUCCGUGCCGCUCUGCCACGCAUUGUCAUCCUGUCAAAAGCUGCCUACUGCCUCCUGAGCUCGCAAAAGAGUGGGAAUUUGCCUUCCUCCUCUUCCCUCCUUCCUCACGCUGAUGUGUCUUGGCUGAGCUCUCUGAGGCCUCUGCUUCACAAGGACAUGAGCAGCGAGGAGCAGUCUCUCUACUACCGGCAGUGGACAACGGCCCGGCAGCACCACGCGGACUUCAGCAAUCAGGGUGAGACGUCUGGCACGAGGAGUUUUCACCCCAGGCGGCUGCUUUUGACAGGACCACCGCAAGUGGGAAAGACUGGCUCAUACUUGCAGUUCCUGAGGAUUCUGUUCCGCAUGCUGAUCCGCUUGCUGGAAGUAGAUGUGUACGAUGAAGAAGAGAUUAAUACCAAUCAUUCAGAAAACAGUGAAGUUACUCAGUCUAGCAAUGACCACUGGCCAGACAUUGAGAUCUUCAGCAAAAUGUCUUUUGACCUGAGUGUACAUGACCCCAAGUACAGAACUAUAAGUCCUGUAUACACGGAACAACUCUCAAGAGUAAAACAAGAAACAAACAAAGAAACAAAAUCAGAGGAACCUAAGAAAAGGGAGACUGUGUCCAUGAUGCUGACCAAAUAUGCAGCUUACAACACAUUCCAUCACUGUGAGCAGUGCCACCAGUAUAUGGACAUCAAUCCCACCACGCAGAUAUCUGACUCCACUCUGCAUGCAUUCACCUUUUCAUCCUCAAUGCUGGGAGAAGAGGUUCAACUGCAUUUUAUAAUUCCCAAGUCCAAAGAGAAUCAUUUUGUCUUCAGCAAGCAGGGAAAACAUCUAGAAAGCAUGCGUCUCCCGCUCGUCUCUGACAAGAAUUUGAAUGCAGUCAAGAGUCCUAUCUUCACGCCAUCAAGUGGACGUCAUGAACAUGGCCUCUUGAACCUCUACCAUGCCAUGGAAGGCAUCAGCCACCUUCACCUCCUUGUAGUCAAGGAGUACGAAAUGCCGCUCUACCGUAAAUACUGGCCCAACCACAUCAUGCUGGUCCUGCCAGGCAUGUUCAACAAUGCUGGCGUUGGUGCUGCCAGGUUUCUUAUAAAGGAACUUUCCUACCACAAUCUUGAACUGGAGCGAAACCGCUUGGAGGAACUAGGAGUCAAGCGCCAGUGCGUGUGGCCAUUCAUUGUGGUCAUGGAUGACUCCUGCGUCUUGUGGAACAUGCACAGUGUCCACGAGCAGUCGAGCCCGUCCCUGGAGCCUGGAGGUUCCAGCAAAAAUGUGUCUCUGAAGAGCGUCCUCCAACACAUUGAAGCCACCCCAAAAAUUGUCCAUUAUGCAAUACUGGGUGUUCAGAAAUGGAACAGCAAGCUGAAUGCCAGGAAAACAAAGGCUCCGUUCUCCAGGUGCCACGUGCAUGAUUUUAUUCUGCUCAACAUAGACCUGACCCAGAAUGUGCAAUAUGAUCUGAACAGGUAUUUCUGUGAAGAUGUAGAUUUUAAUCUGCGGACGAACAGCAGCGGCCUCCUCAUCUGCCGCUUCAACAACUUCAGUGUCAUGAAGAAACAUAUUCAGGUUGGAGGACAAAAGGACUUCGUUGUCAAGCCAAAAAUCAUGGUUUCGGACAGCCUGGCACCAAUAAUGCCUCUUCAGUACGUCUGUGCCCCUGACAGUGAGCACACGUUGUUGGCAGCCCCGUCUCAGUUCCUCCUGGAGAAAUUCCUUCAACAUGCGACGUACAAACUCUUCCCAAAGGCCAUCCAUAACUUCAAGAACCCGGUGUUGGCCAUUGACUGCUACCUGAACAUCGGGCUUGAGGUGGCCAUCUGCUAUAUCAGUUCCCGCCCGCACUCGGUCAACGUCAACUGCGAAGGGGUGUUCUUCAGCGGGCUGCUGCUCUAUCUCUGUGACUCCUUCGUUGGUGCGGACCUCCUCAAGCGCUUCAGGUUCCUGAAAGGUGCCACCCUGUGCGUCAUAUGUCAAGACAGAAGCUCGUUACGGCAGACCAUAGUCCGGUUGGAGCUGGAGGAUGAGUGGCAGUUCCGACUUCGGGAUGAGUUUCAAACUGCGAACAGUAGUGAGGACAAACCGCUCUAUUUUCUUACCGGACGCCAUAUAUGAGCUUUGCUAAGACAUCGUUAACGUAGAAAAAACAAACUUUUUUAUUUUUCUUUUUUUUUUUUUUUAAAGUACAAUCACUGUGGAGCAAAGUGCAACCAAUAUUUAUCUAGACUGCUCUAAAGGAUUCCCCACAAUUCUGAAGUAGGCUUUAUUCCUAGAGAUGAAAUUACCGCAUCGGUCAGGAUUUAACGGAUCCUGGAUUCCAGGUAUUUUCGCAUCAGUCCCAACCGCUGACACUGAUCACACACCUGUAGGAUCUAGAAGAUGACGUGAUUUGGUUGAAGAAGAAUUCUUUGGAUAUUCGGCUGAGCUAGAGGAAGAAGCUGCUCUCUCGGCAGCUGCUGGCUUGGAUGUGGUACAUGAAACACAAGCCAGCACGUGGGGUUUAUUGAAGCUGUGUGGAGGAGAGCCCGCUGUGUCUCUUCGGCUCUGUACUGUGGUACAGGAAUACUCAGGGGUUUGAAACUACAAUAUAACGUAGAUAUUUGUAUUAAAAAAGAAUAGUCUUGUUCUCUGUGCAGUGUUAGUUUAAAAAAUGUAAUUGUGUAUGUAUUGAAACUGUCUUUGGCAAAAUUUCCACAGAUGCUCAAAGUUUACUACUUAAACCUGAACAAAUCAGCAGAAGCGUGGCAGGCACUGUGCACCCAGGUUCUCCUAGCAGCGCUUUUUCACCUGUUGGGCACCUCCUCGACUCCAGGGACAAAGCAAAAGGUUUCUCCUAGAUGCUCUCUCCUCAGUGAGAGGCCAGAAUAACUUGCCAGCAACUCACCUUCAGUUUCUCACCCUCGUCAGAGUUUUGAAGACCUGUGGUCUAUCCUCUUUUGCAUAUUGAAACAGGUCCUCCUGUAUGUCUGAUGCCUCUGUGGUGGGCCGUGUGCAACUUCGACUCUCCGUGUGCUUUUCACUCAGCCCCAGUUGGCUGCAGAGCUGAGAUCAGGUCCGUCUAGUCGUACCCGUGCGUGAAGCGACGUACCAACGCGCGUGCAGGAGGGCAGCGCUGCCUGAGCGGGGCCGAGGGAAACAGGAGGUGUUUCACAGCAGCUCCAGGGGCAGCUGGGGAGAAGGCCCAGGGAGCUGGGACUGCUCAAGAGAGACUCUGGCCAGCAGCAAACACGGUUGAAUGCGUCGCCCAACACUGCCAGCCCUUUAUUAGUUUUUUUAAUUAACGUCUGUAAAUAGUGGUUGUAGCAGCAGUCACACAUUGUUCUACUUAGACGCAUGUUACUGAUCCUCGUUAAUUUGUUCUGGAAUGAACUGGCUCAAGUAGCUGUUGGUUGUCAGGGUUAAAUGGUAGCAGUGCUGUCCUAGAGGCGCAGUUUGCAGGGGUCACCCCACUGAGGUUUCUGUACAAAAAAAUUAAUAAUGACCCCUUUAUUAAGAAGAAGAAUUCAGCAUGUUCUUCAAAGUGAUUCAGGAAUAUCUAAUUACUCCCCCAAAAGCAGUGAAAUUAAUACAUCUUUCUACUUGACUUGCAAUGCAUUGGAGAAGGACCUGCCGAAGCUGCAUGAGUUUUUUUACACCUAGUGUUAGUUAAGCAACUUUUUUUAUCUUGUGAAAAGAGAUGUUUACAGAUGAAAAAACAUAAUAUAUUCAAUGGAGGCUAAAGGAAAAUGGUUUGCAUAUGCCUGUGUUAAUGUAGCUUAAUUCUGACGCUGUACAUUUAGCAAAUUCCAAAAGAACAACCCUUUAUUUGUUAUUUUCCUUCAGACACAGCCUGCCUUAUCUAUUUUAACACUUGGAAGAAGCAGGGAUAUAACAGAUGCUUCUUGAAGCUUUUGAUACACACCUGAAUGUAUUCCAGUAGUUCUGGUUUUGCCAGGAGGGCUUAAGGCCAACCUUGAGUCUUAGUGUGGUGUAGAAGUUUCAGGUUAUUACGUGUUCAAAAAAAAAAAUGGUUUCCUUUUUGUUUGUGUAUUUGAUGUUUGCACUAAGUUCUUAAAAUUCCAGGUGCUGAGACUACUAGGAGGAGUGAGUUAGCGCUCUGGUGGAGCAGUGCAAAAUUGUCCUGAAGGUUGAGAACGCAGUCAGGAAGUCAGCGCGUUUGUCCGCCUUUACCAAACAAUAAUAAACCCAUUUCCUUGACUCUCUGCCCUGCGGAAGCGAGGAGUUUCGGUAACACCCGCGCCGGGGUGCGCCAGAGCAGCUCCAGAGCUGCGGGCCUGGGGGUUCCUGGGAGGGAGACGGGUACGUGACAUCUAGAUGAGUGCCGUUCCAUUUCAGUUUUAAGCCUCACCUUCAAGGCCAUUCUUAUGAAUGUAUUCAACUGGCCAGCGUUAUAUUUUUACCUGUAGAUGUUCUUGUCAAUUCACAGGUUAAAUUUGAAUGUAAACUAAGAUUUAAAGAAUCAUAUGCAGAUGCUUUUUGCUUAACUUAUGUAAUUGCUUUUUGUGACUUUUGGAGGAGGGUUAAAAAAAUGUUGCUUUCCUAGUAUAAAGUUUCCUUAACCAAAAACUUGGUGAAUUUAGCUUCACUAGUCAGUCUACCUCAUGUUAUUGUUUAUGAACUGAAACUGUCUGAAGUUGUGGCUAUGGUAUGUUUAUAAUGUGCUUUCAUUAAAUUUGAAUAUAUUAAGUUACCAUUUCA